AUGUAGACAGUGUUUGUGUCAAGUCAAUCUAUGCGCAUUUUGUUUUUGCCGGUGUUCACAACUUGUGAAUAUUGAAUUUUAUAUGCUCACGUAUUUUAUUUUUAAUACAGUAAAGAACGGCGUUUGUGUAUAAAUCUGUAAUUUUAACUAUUUUAUGAAGUGUAAAUGACUAAAUCUUGAUAUUCCCGUGAAUUUUAUAAAAUGGCUGCAGUCGAAGGAAAUGUUUCUAGAUUAUUAAAAUUGGCUCAGAAAUUCAAUUGUUUCUACUUAAACGGAAUUACUAAAGGUGAUUGUUAUCCUUUUAUUGUGGAAGGCGUCCAAGUAGGCCUUGUACGUCCAGACGUUGCGCAAGUUUUGAUAAAAUAUGACAAUGUCUUCAUUAUGCAAAAUUCUUGCAUUCAGUUAAAAUCAACCUUUAGAAAUUAUAGAGAGCGCACAGAAGUUAUGGAUUCUGUAUUGCGGAUGAUGAAACUUGAAGGACUUUUCACCACACUAAAAGGCUGGCGAGAGGAGAGAUAUGAAGUUAAAAGUUGUGAUCAAUCAUUGUUAGAAAUGGAUAGGUCAGCUACAUGUUUGUUUGCCAUUCGCAACUAUGGAGUUGAUAUUAAUGGCUAUGUACAUCACCCUGUUAAAGGUUUAUGCAUAUGGUUGCAACAAAGAUCUGAUACGAAACAGACAUGGCCUGGUAAAUGGGAUAACAUGGUUGGAGGAGGAUUGUCUGUUGGCUAUGGUAUUAGGGAAACUGCUAUUAAAGAAGCUGCAGAGGAAGCUUCAAUUCCUAAUUCGCUCGCAAGUAAAAUAAUAUCAGCCGGCUGUGUAUCAUUUUUAUUUGAGAGUGAAAGAGGAAUAUUCCCGAAUACCGAAUUUGUAUUUGACUUGGAGCUUCCUGUUGACUUCGUACCUAGAAAUGCAGAUGGUGAAGUCCAAGCUUUUGAAUUACUCACAGCCAAUGAUUGUUACGAGAGGCUAUUUUCUAGUGAUUUUAAGACAACAAGCUGUCCAGUAGUCAUAGACUUUUUAAUAAGACAUGGAGUAAUUACACCUGAAAAUGAAUCAAAUUUUACUGAAGUCAUGGAACUAUUGCAUGUGCCAUUGCAAACUCUUUAUAAGAGUCGUUUUAGUGCUAAAUUAUCACAGGAAAAUGGUAAAGUUCUUUCUAUAUAAUUUUAGCAUCUACAGAAUUCUGUAUCAGAAUUUUUGUAUGCCUAAAUAAUAGGCUUGUAAACAAUUUUAAAACCAAAUUUUAAAGAAAUAAGUGUUAA